UUUUAAAUAUAUUGUUGGUCUUUUUCUUGCUUUCUCUCGGUCUCUCCGGUCAUUUGGUCUUCUUGUCCUCCUCCUGCUGUCCGUCUCUUUCUUUUUCUUCUUCCCUGCAUUGUGUUUUAUUCACCGCAGUGUUUGAAUAGGAGGGAACUGAGCUGUAUUAUCAUUCAGAUUUCACUGCCGGACGGGAAGUUACUGCGGUCACACCACCUGUCCUCUCUGUAUGUGGCUGUGGCUAUGAGUAGUCCCAUGGCGGGCUCCGCAGCCUCCAGUUCGAAAGACCGUCCAGCUUCCCGGACAAGUUUCAUCCCAGAGCUACAGAGCAUGAUGUUUGCUCUGGGAGAUGCUCGCAGGCCUCUGCACGAGACUGCAGCUCUGGUAGAGGACAUUGUGCACACACAGCUCAUUACUAUGCUGCAUCAGGCCUGUGAAGGGGCGACUCUUCGUGGGUCAAGGGUCAUUUCAGCUGAGGACGUCCUGUUCCUGAUGAGGAGGGACAAGAGGAAGGUGGCAAGGUUAUUAAAAUAUCUCCAGUUCAGAGAUUAUAAAUCCAAAAUACUCAAGUCUCUUGAGGACGAAGAACCUCCACAGGAAACAAGUGCUCCUGGUGGUGUUCCUGGUGGUAACCAGCGGCGACAGCGAUUGGCCCAGGACUUCCUGGUGUGGAUGGAUCAGACUGGAGAGCUCCUGUCAUUGGCUGAGCGUGAGGUGGACCCCGUCAAACAGGAGCGCAUGGAGCGUUUGGAGCGGCAGACUCGAAACAUGGACCAGACUCAGUACUCUGAGUUCUGUGAGAGCAGACAGCUCAGCUUUGCUAAGAAGGCGUCAAAGUUUCGGGACUGGCUGGACUGCAGCAGUUUAGAGCUGAAACCAAACAGCAUCUCUAUGGAGAUCCUGUCAUACCUGGCCUAUGAGACUGUAGCCCAGAUUGUGGACUUGUCUCUGUUGGUAAAGCAAGAAAUGGCGGCCAAAUCAAAUCCCAUUGGUCAUGUGAUCUCUGCCAACUACAUCCACUACAACACACACACUGAGGUAAAGAAGGAUCCAGACUCUCCUGAAGCCACUCCCCCUUCUACCCCAGGCUCCUCCCACUCCUCAAAGCCCCUCCCACAGGGUAAUGGCAGUCUGGACGGCCGAGCGAGACAGAGGAAACGGAAAAAGUUUUUAUUUCAGAGCUGUCCGGCUACAGUCGAACCUCCCAGUGGGGCCAUCCAGCCAUGUCACAUCAGAGAGGCUAUUAGAAGAUACAACUACAGACACACAGGUGCUUAUUGGAGGAGUGGGAUGGCCUUCCUCGCCUGCUAAAGAUGCAACACAUUUUUUACAUGUACCUGCACAAUUGACUUACUUUUAUUUCAUUGUUGUAAUAAAGACUUUGCAAAAAGU